CUUUCGUACACACACGCAAGAUUGUCCUAUAACUGUAACCAAUGGCAGGCAACUCCUCAAGGCCGAUUCUGGUGACCCUUCUCCUUUUCUCCAUGGCACUGUCUCUGCUGUCAUCUUGUUAUGCAGCUCGAGAUGCCCCACCAUAUCAUGUCAAGGAUCCAGGUGUUGGUGGAUCAAGGAUUAUAUGUCCUGCCUGUGUUUGUUGCAAACCUCCACCGCCAGGCUCCUGCUGCAAGUGUUGUGCUGCUCCUAUUGUAACCCAGCCCAACAAGGGCUCUCCAUGAGACAUGUUUAAAUUUUGAGAGCUCUCAGGCCCAUUAGUAAAAUAAAGAGAGUAUCUCAAUUAAUUAUAUAUAUAAUGGGAAUAAAUAUUGUAAAAUGAGUAUGGUCAAGACAAAUUGAUCCAUAAUCUGCUGUUUUUAUGAAUAAUUAAUUUCCCAAAUGCUGGAUUCAGGUUUUGCUUUCAA